CGGUCGUCCUCCGGGCUUUCUGUCCUCCGCGGCGCGAGCCCCCGAGCCCAGCUCGCUUUCCCCCAGCUCGCUUUCCCCCAGCUCAUCCGGGCUUCCUCUCACACCUUCUUACCUGGCCCACAUCUAGGCGAUCCCCGACCCCCUUCUUCAUGGCGUCGCUUCUGUGCUGUGGGCCCAAGCUGGCCGCCUGCGGCAUCGUCCUCAGCGCCUGGGGAGUGAUCAUGUUGAUAAUGCUCGGAAUCUUUUUCAAUGUCCAUUCCGCUGUGCUAAUUGAAGACGUUCCCUUCACAGAGAAAGAUUUUGAGAAUGGCCCCCGGAACAUAUACAUCCUUUACGAGCAAGUCAGCUACAACUGUUUCAUCGCCGCGGGCCUUUAUCUCCUCCUCGGAGGCUUCUCUUUCUGCCAAGUUCGGCUCAAUAAGCGCAAGGAAUACAUGGUGCGCUAGGGCACCGUCGCGUUCCCCCUCUCCAGCCCCCUCCUCUAUUUAAAGACUCUCCCCACCCCGUCAUUACUCUCCCCCUCUCCCCCAAUUCUGGCGCCCUCUGCGGAGUGGGUUUCCCUGGCGAGUGACUGAAUCCCUUGUUCUGCAAUCUCUGGCUCCCGGCUCCAGUGGCGGGAGGUUGGGACUGGCCAUUCCUUGUCCCUCCGGCCCCCUCGCCUUGUCCCGUCCCACAAUAAAGAGAAACUGCUCGCUUAA